AUGUCGACGACCUCAUCAGCCCCUUCAACAGCCUCGUUUGACAUGGUAGCCUACACAUCCCCAGCCGAGGCCGGGGACCUCCCCAAAUACAAAGCCCUCUACUUCAGCAACGAAUUCCCCACAGAUGACCUAUCAAUCCUUCUUCGUCGGCUACACAACCACAGCAAACAACGCAACCAUGUCAUCUUGGCUCGCUUCUUGAACGAAGCGACAAGGGUACUGCGGAAUGAGGUUAGCCAAUUACGCGCUGAGCUCGCUGAGCUUGUUCCUGCCUUCGAGUCCGUGACGACUCUAGCGGGUGAGAUGGAGCUGCGUAAGGGACAGCUUUCUCAGUCUGUUGAUGGCGUGUUGCUUUGUGUGCUACAGCUAGGGACGUACAUUGGACACUCCGAACUGUACCCGGAAGACCAGGCAGCUGGACCCAAUAGCGUACUGACUGGCCUCGGGCUGGGCAUUCUGGUCUCGACAGCUGUUGCAGUCUCCCCAUCUUUGGACGACUUGGUGACAGCUGGUACUGAAGUCCUGCGCAUUGCCUUUCGUCUUGGUGUUUUCGUUGGUGACGUUUCGCAAAACCUGGAAGCCGUGGACACAGAGUCUUCUGAUUGUUGGGCAUAUGUCGUCUACGGAUUGACUAUGGAGGAAGCCCAGAAAGAGUUGGAUGACAUUCAAGCCAAGGAGAACACCCCAUCAGCCAGUAAGAUCUUUGUCAGCGCCAUUAGCGAAACCUCUAUCACUGUCAGCGGUCCUCCAUCUCGACUCAAAGGCCUCUUCCGCAAUUAUGCCUCGUUUAGAGAUCGCAAAUUUGCGCAAUUGCCGGUGUAUGGAGGGUUGUGCCAUGCCCCUCAUAUCUACACCUUUCAGGAUGCGCAAGGAGUCGUCCCCUCUCCCUCUUUGGCAUCGCGGUUUAAGCCAAUCGUACCUGUCAUGUCGACCAGCUCAGGCCAGCCAUUUGUUGCAUCGACUGCGGUAGAGCUGUUUGAGCAGGUGAUCUUCGAAGUCAUGACCAAGCAAAUCAUAUGGGACAAUGUCACUCUGGGUGUUGCGGAGAGGAUGGUUAAGAGUGAUGUGCGCGGUGUGAACAUCAAGGUGUUUCGUCAUUCACUCGCUGCUCAACUGCUCUCGAGUGCGUUGACUUCCACUAUCACUGAUCUCUCUGUCGAAACAGAUGAUCUUUUGGCAUGGGUUACUACUGAUAUCAACCACGAGGAGUACGCACCCGGAAGCUCUAUGCAGUCAAAGAUCGCCAUCGUCGGAAUGUCGUGUCGUAUGCCAGGCGGUGCAACCGAUACAGAGAAGUUUUGGGAUCUUCUGGAGGCUGGGCUAGAUGUUCAUCGGAAGAUCCCCGCUGAUCGGUUUGAUGUUGACUCGCAUCAUGAUCCUACGGGGAAAAGAUUGAACACUAGCCACACGGCGUAUGGAUGUUUCAUCGAUGAACCGGGCCUGUUUGAUGCGCCAUUCUUUAACAUGUCGCCCCGUGAGGCUGAACAGACGGAUCCUAUGCAGCGGUUAGCUAUUGUCACAGCAUACGAAGCCUUGGAGCGAGCAGGGUACGUAGCGAACCGCACGCCUGCUACCAAUCUAAACCGUAUCGGCACCUGGUACGGUCAGGCCAGUGACGACUAUCGUGAGGUCAACACUGGCCAAGAGAUCAGUACCUAUUUUAUCCCCGGUGGAUGUCGUGCUUUUGGUCCCGGGCGGAUCAACUACUUUUUCAAAUUUGCUGGGCCCAGUUUCAACUGCGAUACAGCCUGCUCAUCCAGUUUGGCUGCUAUUCAGGCUGCUUGUACAGCACUUUGGGCCGGUGACGUCGACACGGUUGUAGCAGGAGGCCUCAAUGUGCUGACCAACUCUGAUGCCUUCGCUGGUCUUUGUAAUGGCCAUUUCCUCACCAAGACGCCUAACGCCUGUAAGACCUGGGACUGCACGGCGGAUGGGUACUGCCGUGCGGAUGGCGUCGGGUCGAUAGUGAUGAAGCGUCUGGACGAUGCAUUGGCAGAUAAUGAUAAUAUUUUGGGGGUAAUCCCAGCGGCAGCUACCAACCACUCUGCUAAUGCUGUUUCUAUCACGCACCCACACGCUGGCCACCAAUCGGACCUGUACAGACAGGUAAUGGCGCGUGCAGGCAUCGAUCCUCUUGAUGUCAGCUACGUUGAAUUCCACGGUACCGGCACUCAAGCUGGCGAUGCCGAAGAAAUGGAGUCUAUCACAAAUGUAUUUGCCCCUGUCAAGGGAAAGAGACGGACCUCCAAGCAACCGCUCCACAUUGGUGCUGUCAAGGCAAAUGUCGGCCAUGGAGAGGCUGCUGCCGGUGUGACCGCAAUGAUCAAGGUGCUACUUAUGCUGCAAAAGGGUGCGAUUCCCCCCCAUGUCGGAAUCAAAACAGACAUCAACCCUGGCUUCCCUAAAGAUAUGGAUAAGCGCAACCUGCAGAUUCCUUACAAAACGACAGAGUGGUUCCGCGCACCUGACAAGAAGCGCAUUGCUGUGGUAAACAACUUCAGCGCUGCUGGUGGCAACACUACGCUCCUACUAGAAGAAGGACCUGUGCGAGAGAGGGUUGGGUCGGAUCCUCGCCCUAGUCAUGUGUUUACCAUUUCUGCGAAGAGUAAAAUUUCACUGAACGGAAAUAUUCGAGGGUUGAUCGACUACUUGGAGAAGAACGGCGAAGUCUCGAUGGCUGAUCUAGCGUACUCGCUUACAGCAAGACGAUACCACCACAAUCACCGUGUGGCAAUUAAUGCUGCGGAUGUGGGCAGCCUCAAGCAGCAGCUUGCCUCCAAGCUUGAUGGUAUCGAUUCUAUGAAACCCAUUCCCACCACCGGACCACCCCCAGUUGCCUUCGUUUUCACUGGUCAAGGAGCCGCCGACAAGUCGAUGAACCUGCAGCUGUACCAUCACUCGCCGUUCUUCUGGUCCCAGAUUGAGACCCUUGACCGCCUGGGUCAACAACACGGUUUCCCAUCGUUCAUUCCCGCUAUUGACGGGAGCUUCCCGAAAGACCAUGCCUGGUCACCAGUCAUUACGCAAGUUGCUCAUACCAGUGUCGAAAUCGCGUUGGCCAAAUACUUCGAAACCCUAGGUCUCAAGCCGGAUGUCGUCGCUGGACAUAGUCUAGGCGAGUAUGCGGCGUUGGUCAUUGCUGGUGUCCUAUCAGCUAGUGAUGCGAUUUUCCUGGUUGGUUCACGUGCCCAGAUGCUCCAGUCGCUGUGUACCGCUGGAACACACAAGAUGAUGGCUGUGAAGGCCUCGAAGUCAGAAAUUGAAGAUGCUGUGAAGGAACUCCCGUACGACCUUGCCUGUGUGAAUGGGCCUAAAGAGACUGUUCUCUCUGGUACGAAAGAGCAGAUGGAAGCUGUGUCCGUUCCUCUCAAGGAGAAAGGGUAUCGAGUUAUAUUCCUCGACGUUCCAUUUGCCUUCCACUCGGCCCAGACAGAUCCCAUCCUAGAACUCUUCGAGGAGACGGCUAGAAAGAGUGUUGUCUUCCAUCCGCCAACGCUACCUAUUGUAUCACCCCUAUUAGGCAAGGUUGUUUUCGACGAAAGAUCGUUGAAUGCCGAGUAUCUACGCCGGGCGACGCGUGGAACAGUUGACUUCCUCUCUGCAAUGCAGAACGCGCAGGAGACAUCAAUCGUGGACAAGGAUACAGUUUGGGUUGAGGUCGGUCCUCACCCGGUCUGUGUUGCAUUUGUCAAAGCCAGCUUCGAUCCUGCUCCUCUGACGGUGGGCUCCUUCCGUCGGGGUGAAGACAACUGGACGACUCUUGCGCAGAGCCUAGGACAGCUUCACACUGCUGGACUGCCGGUACGAUGGAACGAGUUCCACAGACCUUUCGAGGCUUCCCUCCGUCUCUUGGAUCUACCUACCUACAGCUGGAACGAGAAAAAACACUGGAUUCAGUACAGUGGCGAUUGGGCGUUGACUAAGGGAAAUACUUUCUACGAUGCGGAGAAGGGGAUCAAUCGACAAACUACUACCGCCCCAGUGUCCACUCUCAAGACUACGACCGUUCAGCAAAUCAUCGAGGAGAAAUUCGACGGGUCGACCGGAAAGGUUGUCAUGCAGUCUGACCUCAUGCAGCCCGAUCUCCUGGCUGCUGCCCACGGACAUAAAAUGAACAACUGCGGUGUCAUCACAUCAUCCAUCCAUGGUGAUAUCGUCUACACGUUGGGUAAAUACCUGUACAAGAAUCUCAUUCCCAAUGCCAAAACUGUGGAUAUAGAUAUUACCGACUUGAUAGUCACCAAGGGGCUUGUAGCCCAAAGCAACACUAAGGUGCCGCAGUACUUCCGCGUGACGGCUACAACACCCGAUAUAAAUGUCGCUGUUGCCGACUUCGUCUGGCAGAAUGUUGCCAACGACGGCACGGUCUCCGAGCCAUUCGCCACCUGUCGUGUCGUCUACGGGUAUGCCGACACAUGGCUCUCAUCUUGGAGUCCACUGGCCCACCUCGUGCAAGGUCGGAUUGAAACUCUGGAGCGUCUCGCAGCUGAAGGAAUCGCCAACCGCUUCUCGCACAAGAUGGCGUAUACUCUCUUCGGUAACAACCUCGUUGAGUAUGCCGAAAAAUACCGUGGCAUGCAGGCCGUCGUGAUGAACGAGUUCGAAGCCUUCGCCGACAUCACCCUCCAAAAUGUCCAGGGUGGAGGUGAUUAUACAGUUCCCCCCUAUUUCAUCGACAGCGUCGCCCAUCUGGCUGGUUUCAUUAUGAAUGUUUCCGAUGCCAGCGACACUGCGAACACAUUCUGCGUGACCCCUGGAUGGGAUAGCAUGCGCUUCGCUCGGCCUCUGGUCGCGGGGCAAAAAUACAGGUCAUAUGUCAAGAUGAUCCCGACAGACGCUGACUCGUCUGUGUACCUUGGGGACGUCUAUGUCUUCCAGGAUGACGUGAUUAUAGGAAUGGUUGGAGGCAUACAGUUCCGCCGCUACCCGCGCAUUUUGAUGAACCAUUUCUUUGCUGCCCCAGACUCUUCGAAGUCUUAUGCUGCCGCUGGUUCUUCCAGUCAUGCUGUCCCGGUGCCCGUCCCUGCUCUAGCUAUAUCUCAGCCUACGCCUGCAGUGCCCGAGAUCGCUCCUCAAGUUUCCGGACCAGCAUCAGCCCCUGCUCCCGCACCGACCCCUGCACCUAUGCCAGCUGCCCCCGCGGGAGUUAAUUCGGACAGCACAUCAGGUAAAGCCUUGGUACUCAUUGCUAACGAGGCCGGCCUUGAGCUGUGUGAUCUCACUGAUGACGCUGCAUUUGCCACUCUUGGCGUAGAUAGUCUGAUGAGUCUGGUGAUUGCGGAGAAGUUCCGCGAGGAACUAGGUAUUGUUGUUGCGGGAAGUUUGUUCUUAGAGUAUCCCACAAUCGGCUCUUUGAGGUCAUGGUUGGAAGAGUAUUAUAGUUAG